UAUGGUGACAGCAGAGCAGGUCACGGCAGUGGUCCAAGUCCAACGACCGGACCGGACGGACCCCGGCGGCCGGCACCCAGCGGCAGCGGAAGGGGAAUCAUCGUCCACUCGCAACUCCUUCCUGGCCCCUCCCACUCACCGCUGGACACUUCCAUCAAUCUCUUUCCCCCUUCCCUUGGAUUCGUUUCAGCUACUGAAACUGAACGCGGGCAGUGGCAGGCAGGAUCAGCCGAGCCGAGUUCCAUUUCCGCCACCGUCCCUUCCCCCUCUGCCCCUCGUUCCUCGUCUUCUCUAUUUGCUUGGCUUGGCUUGCUUUUGGUUCAACUUCCACACCAUUCAUUCAUUUCUUGGAUUUCUUUGGUGGCGUCCGCAAGUCAAGUCCCUUCCCCCUUCCGCCCCUCGUCAAAGCAAGCAAGCAAAAGUGGUGCGGUGCCAUCAGAGUAAGCAAGCUCCCCAUUUUCCCUAUUCCUAUACUACUACUAGUAGCUGCAGCAGCAUCCACCGGAUGGCCAUGUCCAGCGACACCGCCGCCACGACGGGGACAUGCACCAAGCCCAACCCCAACCACCGCCUCCCACUCUCAAUAGCCUGAUUGAUUCAUGGCCUCCGCCCCCACCACCGCCUCUUCUCCGCUACCGGCGUCCUCGCGGCCCACUGCCACACCGCCCGACACCGCUGCCACGCCCCCGCCCCUCACCUCUCCCGCACCCGCCGCUCCUCCACCCUCCUCCCACUCCCACUCCCACUCCCAGCCGUCGCCUGGGCCUCCUCAACACACAGCCUCGCCGCCGCCGCGGGCGGCUGCUGCUCCUCCAAGGCCGCCGCUGCUCUCGCCCCCUCCAACGUCCCCGACGCCGUCUGCCGCUCCGACGCCCUCGCCAUCUCCGCCAGCGUCCCCGGCCCCUGCACCACCUCCUUUUAGCGCUCCUCCGCCGUCAGCACGACCACUGCCUACGCCUGCCAUCGCAGUCGACCCGGCCAGGGGCAAGAACCCAAGUUGGAACAAGUCGUCCAGCCCGGGUGCGCCGUCCAGGAGCCCAUCCGCCCCCUUUGGCGGCCUUGGUAAUGGUGUUGUAGCCAUCGCCGCUGCGGUGGUCGCCCUGCUCCUUCUUAGCCUCCUAGUCACAGCAGUUUGGUUCAACCGCAAGCGCAAGAGGAAGCAGAUGAGUGGUUACAGAGCUGGUCUCAUGUCGCCUUUUUCUUCGCAGCAACCUUCGGGUGAAUCUGCAAAUGUAGGAUGGUCAGCUGAUCCUUCUGUCCACACCAACUAUAGCGCCGGGAGCCCCAGGCUGAAACAAUGCUUGUCUGAUAUCAGCAUGGGCAACUCCAGGUUCUUCUCAUAUGAUGAGCUGUAUCAGAUCACUGAUGGUUUCUCAGCUCAGAGGCUGCUAGGGGAAGGAGGCUUUGGGUCGGUGUACAAGGGCCGCCUGCCAGAUUAUAAAGAUGUCGCCGUUAAACGACUAAAGGAUGGCGGCGGACAAGGGGAGCGCGAGUUCCAGGCCGAAGUGGAGAUAAUUAGUCGCGUGCACCACCGCCAUUUGGUUUCUCUUGUGGGAUACUGCAUUUCCAAUGACCAAAGGUUACUUGUAUACGACUUUGUUUCUAAUAACACGCUGCAUUAUCAUCUUCACGGACACGGAAUGCCUGUGUUAGAAUGGUCCGCACGGGUUAAAAUUGCUGCAGGUGCUGCUCGUGGAAUUGCUUACCUACACGAAGAUUGCCAUCCGAGGAUAAUUCAUCGAGACAUCAAGUCCUCAAACAUUUUGUUGGAUAACAAUUUCGAAGCAAAGGUUGCUGACUUUGGUCUUGCGAGGCUGGCUUUGGAUGCUGUAACCCAUGUGACAACCCGUGUUAUGGGAACAUUUGGGUACAUGGCUCCAGAGUAUGCAUCGAGUGGCAAACUGACUGAGAGAUCAGAUGUGUUCUCUUUUGGUGUAGUUUUGUUAGAGCUUAUUACUGGCCGGAAACCUGUUGAUGCAUCAAGACCAAUGGGUGACGAGAGCCUCGUCGAGUGGGCUCGGCCAUUGCUCUCUCGAGCCCUGGACACAGGCGAUUUGGAAGGGUUGGUUGACCCCAGGCUCGAGAUGAAGUUGGACGAGGUGGAGAUGUUCCGCAUGGUCGAGGCCGCUGCAGCCUGCAUCCGGCACUCGGCGUCAAGGAGGCCCAGGAUGAGCCAGGUUGUGCGGGUUCUCGAGAGCUCAGCGGACAUCGACCUGACCAAUGGUGUUCAGCCUGGGCAAAGCCAGCUCUUCAACGUGGCCAACGCGGCGGAGAUACGGAUGUUCCGCCGGAUGGUAGCCGGCGCGCAAGACGACGACAGCUCUGACUUGACACAGUACGAUUGGAGCAGGGGUAGCGACGCUGCCCCGGGCUCCAGGAUCUUGUAACGAUGACCACAUUGUGGUUUCUGAAUUCUGACUCUGCCUGCAGUACUUGUUCUGUAGGGAGAGGGAUGGAAUUCAGUUCAAAGUUUGUUCCCUGACCGGCCGGGUCUUAUUCUUUAGGAAAAAACAAAGUGAUGUGUUGUGUUGUGUGUAGAGAAGAUUGCACUCCUAGGUUUGGUGUGAAGGAAGAGGUUUGCAGUUCAUUCAGAUUUUUAGGCAGUCAAGGACAAGGACGUGGAAAUUGAAGCAAUUGUUGUUACUUGAAUGAAACACGUGACAUGCAAGGUUCACCA